CUGAAGAUCAACGAGAAGUCGACCUCCGUCAUCAUCACUGCAAAUGGGACAAGAGAGAGGACCCUAAGGAAAGUAAAAGAGUUCCAAAGAGAGAAUGCCAGGAUCCACUUCGACGAACGAAAAAUACUGUUGAGGUAUCGAGGGGAAAAACUGGAGGUACCGAUCUCACACAACGGUAUAGAGGGGUUGGCACAGCCUGACGAAUUGGAAGUAAGUGAUGACGAGAGUGAAGAUACCUUCGACGAGUUGAAGUAUGAGAGCAAGAACAUAGAAGAGAAGGAAGGGUAUUAUACAGGACAACGGUCCAAGAAGAAAGAAACAAUGGACAAAGGGAUUCCGAGUCCAGCGGUAUAUCUGACCGUCCUAGAGGAGAUAUCAACGUUGGAGGAUGAUGAGAAGUAUGAGGAUGAGAAACUGAGGGUGGACCUGAUUGGCUUGACAGAAGAGGACGAGAAGACGCAGCAAAACUUUUCGAGAGAGAAAAAGGAUAAUUUGCCGAAAAGCUAA